AUGGAUUUUGAAGAGCAAUUGGAAAAGGCUGAAAGACUCCCUACACCUUCAUUGGUGGGAUCAUCUAUCAGAUCAGCAGAUGAUUCGGCACAUAAUAAUUAUAUUCAUCCAGAAAAAUCCAAGGGGAGAAAGAAAGAAAAAUCACAGGGACACGGUAUAUCGAAUCAAUCAAUUGCUGCUUCGUUGGACGAUUUGAUGAGAGAAGGAGCAUUAUUAGGUUCAGAGGAAGACUUUGAGGAGGUUUUAGACGACUCAGGAAAUAUCAAAGAGGAUGCUAAAUAUGCUGGGGAAGAUGACCAGGCAACGAAAAAAUCACAUCUCAGUACGCUUGCAGCACAAGCAAACGAUGACGGUGAAUCUGGUGAUGUUUCUGCAGGUAGAGACGAUACAUCUGGAAAAUCUGUGGAUGAAAAGACAGAAAACGGUGAUGAGAACACAGCUUCGACUAACGACAAAAAUAUUGCUUCUAUUGAUAAAGUAGACAAGGAAACCAAAUCAAAAGAACAGAACGAGGAACAAGUGUCUGAAGGUUCUUCUUCUAAGGUUACACCUGGACCGGAGAAAAAAUCAGGAGUUUCUUUCUACAGCCAGGAAGACUAUUCAACCCCAAACUUGUCCGAAUAUCAAUUAGACCAUCAAAUCAGUGAACAUAAGGAUUUAUUGACUAAUAUUCAAUCUUAUGACCCACACCGUUUACCAAGUUCGCAAUCAGAUUACGUUCACAAGGAUGAUGAUUCAUAUUUCAAGAGACCAGUUUCUCCAUCUAAAAGAACUCCCACUUCAGCGGUAAAUCGGUUUAACGAUGAUGUGACUAUCGCUGCUGGUGCAACAGAUGGGUUGCAUACACCGUAUUUCCAAAGGGAUUCAAGAUCUCAGUCUAGGUCUGGUGCGAGUCGCCAGGAUAGAUCAAGAUCUAGGUCGGCUGUUGCUCCACAUUUAGCUAGAGGUGAUUCAUAUAAGAAUACAAAUAUGAAAGACCCUUCUUCAUAUGAGUUGCCUCCGGACUUGGCAGCAUCUGAAAUAAAAAGUGAAGAUGAAGAGGAAGAUGAAACACAAGAUAGGAGAUCAAGACAAUCUAAACCAACUAUGGGUGAAUCUAUCGCUGCAGCCGAAGCCUCUAAGGAAUUACUUAGCAAGUCACUGGCUGGUGCUGCCGUCAAUAUGCAGAGAGAUGCGUCAUUGGUUACUACAGGAGAUUAUACUAAUUUCGAUGUUGACAAGCCGGAACCGCAAGUUCAAGAUUCGUCUAAUUUAUAUUCUAUGAGAUCUGCUUCAUCAACGAAUUACUUGAGAUCUAUUUCGAGAUCAAGGUCUAGACAACCUGAUAAGGAUUUAAGGGCCUCGAAUUUAUAUAAUGAAAAGAAUGAUGCUGAUCCUGAGGAGUUGUUCAAAGGGGGUGCUUUGAUUAAUGAAGAUCCAUAUUCUACGAUAGGAGGAUUAGAUACUAUGGUAGAGGAGGUGCUACACCCUAGUGCUGAAAACCCUGAAGUGAGCAAGAAUGAACCGGAGCUUAAAGACAAAUCAGCUAUUAAACAGAGUGGAACCAAAAACAAUGAUGACAAAGAGAAGCCGCUGACUAGCGAGGAGGAGUCUAAACCUACUUCCAAACCUUUGGAUGCUUUAAUAAAAGAUACCGAAGAUAUAAAGAAUAAAGGUGAAGCUACAAAUGAAUUGUCUUCAACUACGAAGGGAAAAUCAAAAGCUGGCAAAAAUGAUAACCAAACGGAAAAGAGUGAUAAAGAAGGAGCUGAUGAUGUUGAUCUCAAAGCGGUUGAGCAAAUUGAAUCAAGUUUAGAAUCCAAAGACCCAAUUCUUGACAAAGCGCAAUCUCUUCACUCAGAUGACAUACAUGGUGAUUCAUCGGAGGCCAACACCAAACUUGCAGAUUCAAUUAUUACUGAAGAUAGAGAAAAUAAGGUUGACGUUAAAAGUGACGAAGAUAAUCUUGAUAAUGCUGCGAUUGAUCAAAUUGAAUCAAGAAUCGAUUCAAAAAAUGAUAUUGUUGAACAAGCCGAGUCGCUUACCGCUCAAGAUAUCCACGCUAAAGAUAAAGCUGAUGAAACCAGUGAUAAUUCUAAGGCUGAUGAUAAGAAGGAGACUAAGAAUAAUAAUGUACAGAGUGUCAAUACUGUUGGAAUUGAAAAGAUUGAAUCAAGCAUUGACUCUAAAUAUCCAGUUGGCGAAGAAACAGUAAAGGUCAAAUCUAAGGGUAUCAACGUGGACUUAGAAGGUAAUGAAGAUAAGUUACUGAAUGAAGGCGAAAUAAAAAAAAAUGAUGCUACGAAAUAUGUGAAAGGUGCCAAUUCAGCAAAAUCAGACCAGUCAAAUGAUUCCAAUGAUAAAAUUGACUCGGAAAAUAUAAUAUCAAAGUCUGAAAAUGCUGCUAAGUCUACCGAUUUGACUGGUUCCACCAGCGCUACCGAAGCCUCGCUGAAAGACAAGGAUACCAAAGAAACAGUAGAAAAAGAAGCUUCAAAAGUUAAUUCUGCAGAACAUACAAAGGAGGAGGAAGUAAACGUCGUGGAUGAUAAAGCUGUUGAACAAAUUGAAUCUAGUACCGAUUCCAGUGAUGUCACUGAAAAGGCAAAGUCCCUUACGGCAGACGACAUUGUAGCGGAAUCGACUUCUAAAUCUAAAUCUGUUGUUCAAGAUAAAGCAAUUGAAAACGAAGACAAGAAGGACGUGGAUGAUAAAGCCGUUGAGAGAAUUGAAUCCAGUGCUGAUUCUAACGACGAAGUUUCUGAGAAAGCAAAGUCACUCACUGCUGAUGAAAUUGUGACCGACCCAAUUGCUCAAACUAAAUCAGUUGCAGUAGAUGAAGAAAAAGAAAAAGUAAGUAAGAAAGAUUUGGAUGAUAAAGCUGUUGAAAAAAUUGAAUCCAGUACCGAUUCCAGUGGUGUCACUGAAAAGGCAAAGUCACUUACUGCUAGUGAUCUUUUGACUGAUUCUUCUUCUAAGGCCGUUUCCAAAGAUCUUGCUGAAAAGAAAGACAAAGAAACUGAACUGGCUGUGAUUAAAGACUCGGGACUGAAAGAAGAAGGUCCGGUCGCAUCAAAAGAUAUGCCAACUGGUUCCACUAAAGCAACUGCCGUAGAUGAUGAUUUGAGUGACAUCGAUGUCUCUCCCGAAGAGUUACGCAAGCAUUUAGAAUCGCAACCUGUCUAUAUUUAUACGUCAUUAGCCGGUGGUAUGCAAGUUAUGACAAGAACCAAUAGGCUAACUACAAUCUUAACUGCUAAUGGUAUCAAGUUUGAAUAUCGUGAUUUAGGUACCGAUGAAGAGGCCAAAAAGAUUUGGAGGAGACAAGCCAAUGGCAAGACAUUGCCUGGUGUUAUUAGAGGGGAUGAUUAUAUUGGUAAUUGGCAAGAAGUUGAUGAAGCAAACGAAGAAUAUAGACUCAGAGAAAUUCUUUAUGAAACCUUAUAA